AUGGCGGGAGCCAAGCGGACGCGCGUCGUCUUCGCCCUCUUCAUCACAUGGUUUCUGGUAUUGUUGUUCAGAAACAACGACACAGGCACCCAGUCGUCCCAAUCGUCCAACGGCGGACCGCCGGAGCAUCCGCUGAGAGACUCCCCUUUCGACGAGAACAUCCCUCCCCCCAGCCGCGGCGAGAGUCCCACACUCGAUGGUAAACUCGACUCUCGGCCGCAGACGCAGCAAGCACAACUCAUCCCCGAUGCCCAUAAGCUCACGGCAGCCGACGAGUUCAUCCCCCAUUUCGCCGCAGUUAUAAACCUGAAGGGUAUCUCUCAACAAGAAGCCCGUGCAGCGUGUGCCUGGCCUGCGGAAACUUAUGUUGAUUUUCAGUUCUCCAACUCGCUGGAAUGGGUCGUCGAGGGCCGGCCGAUUUUGGAGAUCGAGCUACGCCGGCGAGAAUGGCACGACUUCGUCCAAGGUCAGAUGAUCCCGUAUGCGAGUGUCAAGGAUCGAUUCUCGGGCCGUGGGCUGGUCAUUGUUGCGGGAAACGCAGACACAGUGAUGCGUGUCAAGGUCAUCCUGCGCCAGUUGAAGAAGCUUGGUGCUACGAUCCCCGUUGAAAUUCACUACUGGGACGACGAGAUGGACAUUGGAGCCAUGGCGGACUUGAACGUGUUGUACGAACCGAUAUACUACAAUGACCUCUCCGAAGACCACAACAUUGUCCACAUCAAGAAAGACGGGAUCUUUGGGAUCAACUACCAGCUCAAGACGGCAGCUCUCCUAAACUCCAGAUGGGCCGAACCUCUUUUGCUGGACUCGGACAACAUUCCCGUCCUGGACCCGGCCAUCCUCUACGAUUCGCUUCAGUACACCGAGUACCACGCAGUGUUCUGGCCCGACAUCGCGCGCACGCGGCCCCAGAACCCGGCGUGGGCCAUCUUCAACACCCCCUGCCGGAUGGCCGAACACGAGCAGGAGAGCGGCCAACUGCUGGUGGAUAAGGGGCGUUUCUGGUAUCAUCUCCAACUCGCCUCGUGGCUGAACAACGAACAGGGUAAAUACUACAACGAGUUCCUGCUGGGCGACAAGGACAUGUUCCGCUUUGCGUGGCAUGCCCUGCGCACGACGUUUGGAAAGCCGAGGAAGUGGCUCACGAGCGUGGGGACGGAGAACGAGGGCUUCUACUGCGGCCACUCCUUCGCCCAAUACCAUCCAGACGACGGCCGCGUCGCGUUCCUCCACGGCGGGCUAGUCAAGACGGUGUCUCUCGAGGUCAUGCGCUGGAACCGCGACGUCAAGGGGGGGUAUCUGCGGCAUUACAAGAGGGCGCUGAGCGAGGAGAGCCCCGAGGUGAGCGUCAACGUGGCCAUCAAGUGGGAUGGCGCCGCGUAUAUGCCCUUCCACUCCGACAAGUUUGCGGCAGCGCAGUGUACCGACAUGUCCGACGUCGAGGCGAGCGAUCUGGACGAUCUUCUGCCUGGGUUCGAGCAGACGUUCCGCGAAAUCGGCGGAUACUGGCAACUGGACCAAGAAGACUCGACGAAGCUGCUGGUCGAGGGCCGACAGGUCGUUGCCAAACCGCAGCUGAACUUUGGUCGCGCGUGA